AGUCAUACAGUGGGAGUUGGGGAGGGUACACGUACGUGCUCCGUGUCACUCUUAGAGAAGCAAAAAGAUAAACCAAUCAAGCAAGAAAAGAAAAGAAACUGGAUCCAUAUCUCAGACGUCUACGAUAAGGAGCAGCGAGGGGUCGUCUGGAGGUCCGCGUCCAAGAUAAGGAAAAAAGACAACGGAGAUUCCCCAACGCUCGCGUGCUUCUUCGUGGGUCUGUUUACCUCUCUGUCCUCUUCAGAUUCUCCUAGACGUGAGGCCAAGAGAGGAAGGAAGAGAAGGACAAACGAAAGAGAGAGGGAGAAUAAAGAGAAAGAGAAAAAAGGAAGAGAAAGAAAGACAAGAGUACUUGCCUUUUCUCUCUCUCUCUCUCUCUCGUCUCCUCUUCAAGAUGACGGUCGCUCCUCCAGAAAAAGGAAUAGGAGCGGGAGGAGAGGAAAAUGUCGAACUCAUGGACAAGAAUCUUAACGGAUACGCGACGGAGAAGAAGAUGCACGAGGAGAAGCACCUCGAGGAAUUGCAAGGAAGCAGCGAGGUGUUUGAGGUGAUCAUGAGGCACGUCGGGAGCUUCGGGAAGUGGCAGUGGAUCAUGUUCUUUGUCACCUCCUUCUGCGGCGUCUUCACUGCCUUCCACAACCUGGCGGCGGUGUUCCUGGCAGCCAAUCCCGACCACUGGUGUCACGUGACGGAGCUUGAUGGUUUACAGACAGACUACGAUAUUCGCAACGUUUCGAUUCCUUGGAUAAAAGGAAAGGACGGCGAAACGAAAUACUCGAAAUGUUCUUACUACGACAGAGACUGGCCAAGUUUAAUAGCCAGCGGGGUUCUCUAUGGGUCUACUCCCCCGGACCUCCCUCUGAAUGAGACAACUGCUGCUUGUGAUAAAUGGACGUACGACCACUCAAUUUACGAGAGCACCGUUGUUGAAGAGUGGGACCUUGUGUGUGAUAACAAGUACCUUAUGUCGACGGUGCAGUCAACUUUCAUGGCGGGGGUGCUGACCGGGGCAGUGGUUCUGAGUGAGCUUUCUGAUAAGUACGGCCGCCGCACCAUCUCCCUCGUGUCCGCCGUCGGGAUGCUGGUGUCCUCGGUGGCGGUCACCUUCGUCAGCCACUACGAGCUCUUCAUCACUCUGAGGUUCUUCGUGGCUGCCUUUGGGUCGGGGCUCUUCCUGCCCAAUUUCGUGCUGCUCAUGGAGGUCGUGGGCCCCGAGGCGCGCACCAUCAUGGGCAUGAUGUACCAGGCCUUCUUCAGCGUCGGCUUCAUGCUCCUGCCGGCCAUCGCCUACUUCGUCAGGGAGUGGAGGCAGCUGGAGCUCUGCAUCUCCGUGCCCACCGUCGUUCUCCUGCUUUAUUACUGGUUACUUCCGGAGUCCCCUCGGUGGCUGAUGCAACAAGGGCGCCACGAGGAAGCCCUCAAGAUCCUGGAGAAGGCGGCGAAGGUGAAUGGGGGGAAGCUGCCCGAGAAAGAGGAGCUGGAACUUCUUAUGAGCAAAAUGACUGUCUCUUUGGAACCUGAAGAAAAGAUAGCACAGGCAGAGAAGGACACAGAGAACAAAACCAGCGUCUUCGAAAAAAUCGUGAACUUCUUUAAAAGCAUCGUGACCCUCCUGAGCACCAAGAACAUGCGCCGACGUUGCCUCAUCAUCUUCUUCGCCUGGUUCGUCGUCAGCAUGGUCUACUACGGCCUCACCUUCAGCGGGGGUAACAUCGACGCCUCCGUGUACCUCAUGGUGUUCAUGAGCGGCCUAGUGGAGAUCCCCUCAUAUCUGCUCGUCUGCUGGACUCUGAAGAAAUUCGGACGACGACUCAAUCUGUGCGUUCUCUUCAUCAUCUGCGGCGCCGCCUGCCUGCUCAUCCUUGCUGUGCCCAAAGAGGAAGUAUGGCUCAACCUGACCCUCGCGACCAUCGGCAAGUUCUUCAACUCGUCGGCCUUCGGCGUCGCCUACAUCUACUCCGCCGAGCUCGUGCCGACGGGCGUGCGCAACAUCAGCGUCGGGACCUCGUCGAUGUGCGCGCGGAUCGGCUCCGCCCUCGCGCCCUUCAUCGUCGAUCUGCUGGGCGAUGUCCACUACGCCGUCCCUUCCACCGUCUUCGGCCUGCUGUCUGUCGCCGCCGGUCUGCUGGCCCUCCUGCUGCCCGAAACAGGCCACAGCAGACUCCCCGAGACUGUGGAGGAGGUCGAGGCCAUGCCCAGGUAGUGGGGCGAGCACAGGGAGUGGUGUUGAUGGUCAAGGACGCAGGAGGCUAAGUGGAAGCGACCAGUCAUGUCUACAACAGUGGUUCGAAUACAGCACUUCUUUCUGUCUCCUGAAAGAGGAAAAGGAGUUUUACGAAAAGAGAAGAAGCAGAAAAAGGAAGAAAAUUUAUAUAGAGAGAUUUUGCUGGCUCAUAUAUCUCUCUCGAAAUAAAGGAGGAGAAUGAAAGGAAAGAGUGAAUUGCAAAAAAAAGAGCGUUAAAGUGCGAAAAGAGGGAGAUAGAAAUUUGUUUUAAUCACACACACACGCACGCACGCAUACACAUACAGACGCACACACACACACAGACACACACAACACACACACACACACACACACACACACACACACACACACACACACGCACACACACAAACAAACACACGUACAAACACGCACACACACGCAAAUUCAUGUACGUAUCUAAACAUAUAUAAAUCUAAUAAGCAUGACGAUUUUUUCCAUUAUCAAGCAACUGCCAGUGCUUGUGAAAACGAGUGAAAAAAUCUCGACACAAUCACGUAAUUUUCCUCAAGUGUGAUACGUUGAGCAGGAAAAUCAAUGUCAAAGAAAACGGUUUUGUCUUUCUUAGAUCGUUUGUUCGUAGCGUUGUCAUAUUUUUUCGUCGUUUUAGGUUUAUAUUGAUGGUUGUUUGUUGUGAGUGUAUGAUGGUUGUUGGUUAGGAUAAAGAGAGAAAAAAAUAUUAAAGAGUGUGUCUGAAUUAAGUGUAGAUGUUGAUAAUGUUAUUUUUAAUCCUUUUUUUGGUUGUUAUUUUGUAAGACGUGUUUGAAUAAAUAUAUUGAAAUAAAAA